GGGACCUUUGUGAUUUGACUCGACAUUGGGGGAAACGAGAAAACAGAAGUUGGAGGAGGGCAUCAUCAAUGCUCAUGAUGCUCCCUUCAAUCAAGGGCCUCGAAAGCAUCUCACAACGGGCGGGGUUUGGAAACGGAAAACGACUCUGACGUGCCGGAAAACUCACCUUCAACUCACGGCAGAAACACACCGAUAAGCGAGCGAGCACGUCCACAUCGAAAUAGUCCAGCAGCCCAGGUACGAGGUGGAUCUUAUUCUUCCUUCUUUUCUGCGCGAGUGUGCUAUGCGCCGCCUAUUUGGCCUCCAAAAUGCGCUGCAAACGAGGGAAUGAGAUGUAUGGGAGGAAUGGAUUUUGUUCGUUUUACCGCAUGUGUUGUACAAGGCGAUUGUCCUCCCCAAAAAUGGUUUCCACUGAGGCCGCCGGAAAAUGGCCUCAGUUUCCUCUCAUCUCCACUUGACCGUGUCUGGUGGUGUCUGACCGCUGCCAAACUGCCGGUCACAGAAUCGACCCCAAGGAAUGAGGACUUUCACGCCGAACGAGUGUUCGGCGUGAGAAAAUGGCCUCAAAUCGUUUUGUUUCUCAGCUUGGAUGAGGCAGCUUUGAAAUAAUGUUCUUAUUUAAGCAUACUUGACCAGUGUCUCUCUCACCUCACUUCUCACUCACUCAGCAUCACAACCACUCAUCAUUUGCAUCUUACUCUCAUUCUCAUUCACUCCACACGUCGAAAAUGGCGUCCUCCGAUAUCCUGUCUCAGACCCUUCACACCAUCACAAGUGUGAAGCUGAGCCAGUUGGAUAAGCAGAAGGCUUCAUACGAGUCGGGGAAGCGAGCCCUGCUAGAUGAUGCGGCCUAUGAGACGGACAGCCGGAAAAGAGCGAAGCUCUUAGUCGACCGGGUCGAGAGGCUUCCUGCCAUGGCACCCUUGGACGAUGGCUCACUACUAUCCAUCGACAACCUCAAGCGAUUCGUUCAGCAAGCCGAAUUUGACCCGUGCGUGUCCGACGACUUCCUCCACGACUAUGAGAACAGCGUACGCAACGAACUCGACGUUCAGUCGGCAAAAUAUCGAUACGCCGAACUCUACGGCAGACUCGUCAACGAAUGGAUCUCCGCCGGGAAGGCUGCUGGCCACGGAGCUGAGUCGGGGUUCGUCCCCGUGGGUAGGGAGGAGAUGCACCAACAGCGAGCGACGUGGGAGCGCUAUGUUUUCCAUGCGAAGGAGACGGAUAGCCUGGCCAUCAAAAGCUACCUCGAGAGCCUCUUCGUAUCACCCUCCAAGGACAUUCAUCGGGCAUUUCUGGAACUGAAAGAGAACGUCAAGAAGUUUCAGGAGACGUGGGACGACAAGACGCACUUUGACGAGGAUUCUUUGAUGAACACCAUCCGCGGCCUCCUCCGGACGGAUACCCUCACGGACCAGAAGAGGACGACGCUCAACGACUUUCUCAACAACAAGGUCGUUCUGUGCGAGAUCGCUGAUGUGCUGAAUAUGCGGAUGCAAACCCGGCAGAACUGGGCCUGGGACGGCGCGACUGAGGUCGACGUGCGACGGCAACUCAACGGACGCUACCGAUUCUACCCCGACGACGACCUCCUGCAAGCCAUCUUCAUUCACCACAUCGGCAAGUUGUGGGCUGUCAAGAUACGAGGGUUCCUCGUCGCGUUCCUCGAAAGCGCGGGCGUGGAAAAGGAUGCGACAAAGCCCACGAGCAAGGAAGACGUUCGCCGCCGACGAUUCUUCCUGAAACAAACGGGGCCACGGAUCGAAAGCCCCGUUUCGGUGGAGAAGAAGCUCAAGCAGCACUUCAAGUCGGAGAUCCUGCUGGACCAGCUACCGCAGACCUUGGCGGAGGAACGAGGUGGCUACGGCUCGAACGGGAAGGAGAAGAAGGGGGACAGCCGCAAGUCGCACGUCGCCGUUGUGCAGAACCUCUUGCACCUCGUGCAGUCCGAGAUCAUCAUGCAGACGCGGCUCGGGAGCGAUGUGACCGUCAUCCGAUCCGACCUCAAGUGGUUCGGCCCCAGCGUGCCGCAUUCGUCCAUCUUCGCCGUGCUCGAAUUCUUCGGCGUCGACGACGAGUGGACCGGCCUCUUCAGGCGGAUGCUCGAGUGCCCUUUACGCUUCAGCGACGACCCGUCAGACGCGCCGGCCCAGAUCCGAAGGAGAGGCACGCCCCUGAGCACGCCCCUGGCUGAUUUCAUUGCCGAGACUAUGCUCUUCUGCAUGGACUUUGCCGUCAACCAACGAGCCGAUGGUUGCCGCCUCUACCGGCUGCACGACGACAUGUGGCUAUGGGGCGGUCUCGAAACCUGCACCCGGGCGUGGGAGACGAUGACCGAGUUUGUCAACCUCACAGGGCUGGAGAUCAACUGGGACAAGACGGGAAGCGUCAGGGUCGCCGCCGCCGCCGCCGCGCCCCCGGGAGCCGGGUCGAACCAACAACAGCAACAGCAACAGCAACGGUCCAUGCCUCCGGGUACGGGUGCUACGACGACGGCACGGGGUCGUCUGCCAUCAGGCGAUGUCGUGUGGGGAUUCCUCAAGCUCGAUCCGACGUCUGGGCGUUUCCUCCUGGACCAGGACAAGAUUGACGUGCACAUUGACGAGCUGCGGCUGCAGCUGGAGGCGUGCAGCAGCAUCUUUGACUGGAUCCAGGCGUGGAACAUUUACGGCGCUCGCUUCUUCAAGACCAACUGCGCCCAGCUCGCCAAUUGCUACUCCCGGCAGCACGUGGAUAGCAUGCUAGCGACGUUCCACCGCAUCCAGGAGAGGCUGUUUGGCGCUGGCGGGGCCGGGGCGCACCUGAAGCGGCUCAUUGGCGAUCGGUUCGGCGUUGAGGACAUCCCUGACGGUUACUUAUACUUCCCCGUUUCCCUGGGCGGCCUGGGACUGCAGAACCCCUUUAUAGACCUCUAUCUGAUCCGCGACGACGUCAUCGAGGACCCUGACGACAUCAUGGACGACUUCCUGGCCGAGGAGGAGGCAGAGUACAGGUUCAAGAAGACGGCUUACGAGGAAGACACUGAGGGGACCGGCGGCGGCAGCGGGCCUGGCAGCAGCCUCGACAUCUCCGGUGCCCGACACCACGCGCCGUGGCUUCUCGCGGACGACUACAGAGACCUGCGGGACCAGCCGUUCAUGAACUACGAGGAGUUCUCGCGGCACCGGAGGCGCACGUCGCCGGCGCUGAGCCGGGCGCUCGACAGGCUGCGGCACACGCCGGCCACCAAGGCGAUUGAGCUCAGGGGCGAGGUCGAGGCCGCGCUUAAGACCACGCCGGCGGGUUGGUAUGGGCUCAGCGGCUACGAGCAGUGGGUGUGCGGGCUCUACGGCAAGGACAUGGUCGCGCGGUUCGGCAGCCUGGUUGUCGUGGACAAGGGGGUUUUACCCACGGGUCUGUUGGACAUGUUGAGGCAGAGCCGGUUCAAGUGGCGCGGCUGAAGGGAUGGAAGAAGACGAGAAUGAAAAUGCCGAGGAUAACAGGAUAGGGGAAGGGGGGUGCGCUCUGUACGAUGGAUGGGAUGGAGAGGCGCGGAAAUUGGAUAUGGAAAAAAAUAGCCGCGAUGAGGCCUAUCCUAGUCUCCGUUUCUAGAACAACGGGCAGAAAAGUCUCUCGGGCAAGUCGCGUGAUCAUAGGGGAUUCGGGCGCGGCAAAAACAUAAAAAACACAUCGGAUACCCUGGGAGGGCAGUGAAAGUGUAAGAAUAGCUUAAAUUGGGUUUUCGGUCAAGUUGGACCGGAUAUUGGCCUCGUUCAUUACUCGUGGAGAUAGAUGAAAUGCGAGAAACUCACCCUGAAUCGCUGAAUCGCGAAACGGCUAUGAAUUAGUCCAGAAUUGCCACUAAAAGAAUUAAAGCUCCCACCCCCGGCCGGGCCCCUUGUCCCUUGCCGGGAAAAA